AUGAAGCAAGCGGAAGUUCUUAGUUCCUACGCCACCGUUGAUUUUUCGGGGAACAAACUUGAAGGAGAGAUUCCUGAAUUUAUUGGUCUCUUGAAGGCAUUGAUUGCGCUCAACUUAUCGAACAACACAUUUACAGGUCAUAUUCCUCUGUCUUUGGGAAAUCUUACGCAGCUAGCGUCACUAGACUUGUCAAGAAACCAGCUCUCUGGGACUAUUCCUAAUGAACUCAAGGCCCUGACAUUUUUGGCGUAUCUAAAUGUGUCGCAUAACCAACUCACUGGUGAAAUACCAAAAGGAACACAAAUUAUUGGACAACCUAAAUCCUCAUUUGAAGGGAAUGCAGGUUUUUGUGGUCUUCCUCUCCAGGAAAGUUGCGUCUGCACUAGUGUGCCGCCGUUACAAGAUGUUGAUCAAGAAGACAAAGAAGGAGAGGUGUUGAGCUGGAAAGCAGUGGCUCUAGGAUAUGCUCCUGGAUUGUUGUUUGGAUUGGCAUUAGGUCAGGUGAUUGCUUCAUACAAGCCAAAGUGGCUACUCAAGUUGUAUUGUUUUGGGUUUCUCACUUAA